AUGUUAUGCAUUAUUCUUACAUCUGUCACGUCCAACAACGUAUACAGAUAUACGGAAACUUCCAGAGUUGAAAUAUUUGAAUUACAAGUCAAAUACGCGGUUGAUGAUAUGAAACUCAAAUUCUUGUUGGUGAAGCCAACAAACCGACCUUUCGCCUCAUUUCAAUUUCCAUGCACCUUCUCUUUUCCCACCAUAUUUAUUAAUAUAUAUAAGCCCCAUGGAUUCUUCAUAAACUCGCAUUCCACCAUUUCUCUGCAAUUCUCUAACUUUCCGUUGUUCAUCUGCCAUCACGAGCCAGUAUCGCCAUCAGCAAAUUCCCAUGGCCUAUCCAGCGCCGCCUCCGUCGUAUCCGGCGGUGGAGCAAGUGAAAGAGUGGAAUUCGGGGCCUUAUGUUGCAGCGCCGCCGCCAGUUGGGUAUCCGGUGAGAGACGGUCCACAGUACCCGCACCAGAGUUUUACGCCACAAACUCAAUCCAAGGGGGAUGGGUUUUGGAAAGGAUGCGUUGCUGCGUUGUGUUGCUGCUGGGUGUUGGACUGUGUCUUCUGAGCAUGCUGCCUACCUUGGUUACUGCUUUAGACUGGAGCGAUUCACAUUCAUUGUUUUGUUAUUAUUAUUGUAUUUCUGGUAUAUACUAG